GUCAACAGCAAGGACAAGAUGGAGUAAAAGUCCAGCAAGCUACUAUAGCUCCUGUAACUGUAGCAGUUGGAGGAAUUGCUAAUGCAACGAUAGGUGCUGUUAGUCCUGACCAACUCACACAAGUGCAUUUGCAGCAGGGCCAGCAAACUUCUGAUCAAGAGGUGCAACCUGGCAAGAGGCUUCGAAGAGUUGCCUGUUCCUGUCCUAAUUGUAGGGAAGGAGAAGGAAGAGGCAGUAAUGAACCAGGAAAAAAGAAACAGCAUAUUUGUCAUAUUGAAGGAUGUGGAAAAGUUUAUGGCAAAACAUCUCACCUGCGAGCACAUCUUCGCUGGCAUACUGGAGAAAGGCCUUUUGUAUGCAACUGGAUGUUUUGCGGCAAAAGAUUCACAAGGAGUGAUGAGCUGCAGAGACACCGAAGAACACAUACAGGUGAAAAGAGGUUUGAAUGCCCAGAAUGUUCUAAAAGAUUUAUGCGGAGUGAUCAUCUCUCCAAACAUGUCAAAACGCACCAGAAUAAGAAAGGUGGUGGGACAGCUCUUGCCAUUGUUACCUCGGGAGAACUGGACUCAUCUGUUACAGAGGUGCUUGGCUCCCCAAGAAUUGUCACAGUUGCAGCCAUUUCUCAAGAUUCGAAUCCAGCAACUCCUAAUGUUUCAACCAACAUGGAAGAAUUCUGAAGAGUUAUUUAUAACAGAGACCUCCAGUGCUGCACUUAACGUUUACACACCUUUGAAAUCUGGAAAUGGGCUGGUCAAGUGGAUUACGGAGUAGGAAAUCAUGUUUUCAUUCUUGGCUUCUUAAAGUAUUCCAGGGUUUGGGGUCAACACAUGAAGUGUUGAAUUUUAAAAAAUACAAAAAACAAACUGAUGUGCUGGAAACAGAUAGAAAAGUAUUUCCUCCAUACUAUAAGUUGUAGUUAUUUGGAAAUAUAUCGCAUAACCUUUACACAGAAUCUUCCUAUCUCUUAACAUCAUGUGUUAACAUGUUUAAAAAGACAGACCUCAGUAGUUUGCAGGCUGGACCUUAAAUUGGACUUAUUUUCUUUGAACGUACUUUGUUAUAAAUUCAGUCCAUAAUAAUUUACAUGUAUUUCUUUUUCUCUAGCACAGAAAACAGGUAGUUAACUGAUGAUAGGGGCAAUACUGUAUUUCCUUAGCUUGAUUUUUGGAAACGCAAUCGAAAAUAGUUUUGGCCGUCUUUUCUAAAUGUUAGAAAUUCUUCAACAGUUGAAUUAGGUAAGUUCCAAAACAACAAUCUGAGAUGCAUCUCAGAUCUUUAUUACCACUACAUUAUAGUAGUGUGUAUGCAGACAAUCAGUGAAGUCCAGUUACUUUCUCCAUUUGGAGACACAAGAGGAACUUAGAGCUAAAUAAAUCUUAGAUUAAAUUUUAGACCGAAACCUUAGGAAAAUGCUGGGAGAAAAAAUGGUUAAGACAAAAUUCAUAAUAGCUUCAGAAAAAUAAAAUGAGGCUACUUAACUUGCAACGUUUUAAAGUUAGGAUUGAUUAUAUUCCUAACCAUAGAUUGAACCACAAAAUUUCAUUUUAAAUGUUUAUAUUGGAAAUAUUUGCAUAGAGUGUAAAUUGUUCUGUAGUUUCAUAUUCUGUAAAUAUGAGUUAUGUUGACAGUGUGCAGAAUUCUUUAUGCUUUGACUUGGUAGCCAAAGAAAGAAUUAUCAUACUUUUUUUCAAGGCCAGCAGAAAAUUGUCUUUUUUAACUACAUUAUAAUUCUUGUCUUUCUCUACUAAAAAUUGGCCAGUCCCACUUAUUCCUAGUGCUGUGUUAGAAGGUUAAUUAGGAAUAACACAGUAAUAUCUUUAUGUUAUGACGAUAAGUUAAUUUUCCCUAAAAAUUAGCCUAACAAGUAUAUAAUAGAUAUAUUAUGAAGCAAAACUUAUUUUUGAAAAAAUCAGAAUAAUUUUCAGUCAAAUAAGUGACUAAAGAAAAAUAUAUUUCAUUGUUUAUGCAAGGGUCUUAUAGAAAAGGGUCUUAUUAGGAAAGAUGGCCAAAAGUUUCAUGUGAAAAAAAAUUGGAUUAUACCAGUAACUUAAACAUCAAUAAGACAUUUUAUGUUUUAAAAAAUUAUUUACACAGAAUCAACCAUAUGGAAACUAAAGUUUUGUUCAGCUCAGUUUAUUAACAUCAUUGAUUUGGGGACAGAUUGACUAUAGGUACGUGUUUUCUUGUGCAUUCUGUAUUAUUUCAGGAAAAGUACUCAUGCGAAUUCUCUUCCAAAAUUGUGAUGUUUCUUGUAUUUUUGCUGAAGGAGAAAUACUGUAAUGAUCACUGUUUACACUAUGUACACUUUAGGCCAGCCCUUUGUAGCGUUAUAUAAAACUGAAGGUCUUUUGUGCUUUCAGUUUGUAUAAAAAAGCUUUGAGAUUAAAGGAAAAAAAUUUUUACACUGUGGUUAUAAAUUUCAAGUUUCUUAAAGCUUUUGUAGACUUGUAACAGAGUCUUUAAAUUUUAGUUGGAUUUUGUAAAUUGUUUUGUAUAUUUUAUUUAAUGUACUCCUAACAACUGAUGUAUCUGGCUUUAAAACAUCAGAAUCAGUUUUGUUGUUUUGUUUGGUACAGAAGAGCAUUUGGUAGUGCUAAUUUUAAUUUUAUUAUAUAGGAGCUGAAACAUCAAAUAUAUAUUUUAUCUAUCAUUAUGCUACACAAUCAGUGCUAUAAAUUUUUUUAUGCAAAGAAACUUUCUUAAUGUUUGAAUCAUGUUUCCUCAGAGUGAUACUUUUCGUUGUUGAUACUAAGUAUGAGCACUCUGCAUCACUAUUCCAUGAACCAGUUUUAAUGCAAACCUAUGUGUGUUCAUUAGAAGUGGAAGUUAUUUUUUAAUCAACAAUGAGGCCUAUUAUAAAUUUAUCAAACUGAAUCUGGAUAGCUUUAUAGCAUAUGAAAUAUAUUAAUUUGUGUUAGCAGGUGCACAUUUCACCACUGAAAUUAGAAAUAUUUUGGCAGUCUGUUCUGCAUACCAUUCUGAGUCCACUUUUCUGUCUUCUAAGAAUCGUAAAUUUCAGUGUCCUUUAUUUGACUCAGUGGGAUAUAGCUGUUAUAAGUAAUAGGGCACAGAUGUGCAGUAGGGUCUUGUUUAAUGGCAUUUCACUGUCCAUUCCCUUUGCCACCGUUAUAAAACUUUUCUUUGUUGUAAUUAUCAGUGCAAAGCUAUGUAUUUAUCAUGGUAAAACUCCAGUGUUAGAAUAGUUUUUUCUUACAGUAUACUUUCUUUGGUUAGGUUUGUGUAUGUGUUGCUGAUUACAUUAGAACUUGAUGUUAAGUCAUUAUUUAUCACACUGUCAUGAGAGCAGUAAUAAAAGUGUGUAAUCUAGGAGAAAAAGUUAAUUUGUCAAACUUAGAUAAGCAUGAUGUUUAGGUCCUAUUUUUCAAUUUUAUAACUGUUUUAUUGCAACAAUAUUUGUAUUUAAGUCUCCAUUUUAAUGCCUUGUGGUGUUUUUUUAUGCAUGUCACUAAGUUGUCAUCCCACAUAAAUUGAUGUGCAGCAUAGGGUAUUAAAUCUACAUAAUGAUUUUAAAACAGAAAUAGUUGAUGGUAAAAUGUAAAUGUUUUGCAAAAAUUCCUUAUAAAAAGUUUUGUAGUAACAUUUCACUUGUAAAUUUUUUUUGUAAAAAAAAAAAAAAGAAAGAAAGAAAAUGGAAAAAAAAAAGAUGAAUUCAGAAAAAAACCUGUUUCCCAUAUCCUAGAAUUUAGACAAUUAUUCUGCCAGCAAAGCCUCUGGGGCUGUAAUUGACAUUUUUACAGUGCUGAUUUGUAUAAAAUUUGUUUUUUGUGGAUUUGGAAAUAAAAUCAUGUACAAGUUGUUGCCUGCAAUAACAAUUGCAAGUAACCUAUUAAAAAUU